GAGUACCAGUCCCGCGAAGAAAGACAGGUGAAUUAAAAAAAAUCGAUAGAAUCCAUUUCGCAUGGCAAAGUUCAUGAAAUAAAGGAUAGCAAUAUACGAUGGAAAUAUUAAAAAUCAAACAUCUGUUCAAAAUCAAAAUUGGCGUUCGUUAGAAUUUUGCAGAUUUAUUCAUCAGUUAUAAGAUAUGGCACAACUGUUUUAAAGAAAGUUAUUGAUUACCCUGCGAACACAUAAAAACUCUGACGUCAAUGGUCUCCAGGAUACGAUCAUCCCUACUCACUUUCCUGGAACAGUACUAGGACACCUGCGCGCGAAUAUCGAUCGACGCCCACCUGUCUGAUUGUACCGGCGAAUUCUUCCUGGAGCAGAUGCAGUUGAUUUUAAACGAUAUCUGACAUAACAGCUCAUCAUUUCUCACCGACCAUCGGUAUCCAAUUUGUUAUUUUCUGUGUAUCGACAAAAUCACAGCCAUCUAUUUCCUUUAUUUCUAGCAUUUUCAUCCAAGUUAAAGUGAGAGCUAUUGUAUAUUUCCGAAGUGUAACAAUUUAAAUUCGACGAGCGCUUGCGCGUAUUAUCGAUUCGACACCUCGGUUUGGACCUCGUCAGCUGCGAGAUUUAUGGAAGAGCAGAGAGACAAUGGCGAGUAGAGGAAACCAAUUCUUUCGAGUUCUCUUGAUAUGCGCAGUAGUGAUAUUUAGAGGUGUUACAUCCAAUAUCAACGAUGGAAGUAAUUUCAAUAAAUUUGACGCUCCUGACCAAUUUUCUCACGAUCAGUUUUCGGAAUCCUAUAACACGCCACUGCAUCCCAUCGAAAAUCGUUUCUGGCGAAGUCCCGAAAAUCUUGGUGAGGUUUCUGGAGUCGCUGUGGAACCGACGGGAAAUCUCGUAAUUUUUCAUCGCGGAGAUCGAACAUGGAAUUACGAUACUUUCGAUGAAAAUGCAGAAUACCAAGAGAAAUACAGAGGUCCCAUUCGUGAAAACACAGUAUUAAAGGUGGAUUCUAAAAUUGGUAAUAUUAUUUGUGGUUGGGGAAAUCAAACGUUUUAUUUACCGCACGGAAUUCACGUCGAUCCCUUUGGAAAUAUAUGGUUGACUGAUAUUGCUCUUCAUCAAGUAUUCAAGGUAUUACUCGACUUCGGCCAAAGAUUUGAGCCUGGAAGCGAUAUAAAUCAUUUCUGCCAGCCAACGUCAGUCGCGGUUUUACCGAGUGGCGACAUUGUUAUCGCUGACGGAUAUUGCAACAAUAGAAUAGUACUGUUUGACAAAAGGGGCAAUCCUAAAUAUACUAUCGGUGAAAAUUGGAUUACUUUGAGAGUCCCACACGCUUUGACGAUUUUGCCAAAUGAACAAGUAUGUAUCGCUGACCGCGAAGAUUUGAGAAUUGUAUGCCUGGAUGUAACAUUUUCCGGAUUGAAACAAAACCCUCCUUCUUAUCUUCCUUAUUCGAUUCAUCAUCCGCAAUUUGGUCGAAUAUUCGGAAUUGCAUCGUAUCAUGGUUUAAUUUAUGCCGUGAAUGGAAUGACAUUUAAAAAUAUACAAAUUAGAGGUUUCACCGUUGAUCCUAUAAAUCGGAAUGUAAUUGAAUUUUGGAACCCGGAGUCUUCAACCUUCACUAUGCCUCACGCCAUUGCUGUGUGCCCUUAUGGUAGAGCCCUUUAUGUCUCAGAAAUUGGACCAAACAAAGUAUGGAAAUUCGACCUAGUGACCAAAUCUAAUAACACAGAUGUUAAGCAACUAAUAUUACAAAGGGAUUGAAAGUAAUUGAUCGUUACUUAUAACACCGCGCAGUUAUAAUUACUUUUUUGUAACGGACUGGAAACGGCGUUACAUUUUUUUUUUAACUGUAAUAUAAUCAUAUUUUUUUGAUGACAAUAACGAUUUUAGUUUACUCUUAUCGUUACUUUUUAUAUUUUGAAUCUAUUUACGACAAUAAUUUUAUAUACAUUCA